GUGAGAGAGAGAGAAUACUCUGUAUGCGUGCAUCCGUCCUAUAAUAAGUGUGUCAGUGUGAGAGUGUAAGGCUGAACAUUUGUGUUUCGCAAAUGUCGCUAAAUCUGCUGUUUCCUGAUUGGCUGCUGCCCCCACACACUCAAUAUGCACCCCGCGAGAUGUGAGCGAGAGCGAGGUGAUCUACUGGGGAAAGAGAGAAGAGAACAACAGUGGUGUGGGAAUAUAUCCAGAGCCCAGGGUUAGCAGUUUACAUGACAUCACUUCUACUGCUGGAUGAGCAGAGAGCAACAGCUGGGCUAAGGAGGAUAACAGCUGAGCUAACGGAUGGUAACCUAGACAACGGAAGCUCCGGCAACAAUAACUCUGUCAACGACUCUCCCACUCCUAUACAGCCAACAGAUCCAGUUACCAUGGAGAUCACCUCAUCACCACCACUUACCGUAAUGGAGAGUGAAAACUUGGUUAUCUGGGGCAGCCAGGAAGUAGAGGAUCUCCAUUACCAAGAGGUCCAUGGGCUGAAUCCGCCAAUCGGGAAUGAGCAGGAGAAAGAACAGGCUGCAGAAAAAGAAAAUGUUAUAAGAGAUGCAGAUGAGUGUGAUUACCUCGUUUUUGCAAUAGGAGAACUGAAGGGAGAUGACAACGGUGGUGAAAGUGAAGGACAAGAGGAGGAGAGAGGAGGAGAGGAGGUACAAGAUGGAGGAAGAGGGGCAACAGAAGGAAAGGCAGAAGGGAGUGGAGAUACAGAGAGGGAAGAUGGAGGAAGAGGAGAUACAAAAGCAGAGGAUGAAUGCAUAGAGACAGUGGGAGAGACGAAAGAUGAUGCUCUGUCAGAGCUCUUCAUCUCUUGCAGCCCAGUGUGUCCUUCAUCAUCAGAGUCCUUGAUUGUCACCUCAGAUCCUUCAGAGCAGCCUAUAGAGGCCAUUUUGCAUGAGGCCUGGGGUCACGACCUUGGCAACAGAGAUGACCUUAGCGACAGUCACGUUAGCGACUGCCUCCAAGCUGAGCUGGCUAUCGUGUACUCGGACAGCGAUGCAGGUGACGACCAAUGGGCUAGCUUCGCACGCUGUGAUGUCACCAACCAGGAAGAAGCAGGAGGAGGAACUCACAAUAGCAUCUGUGAUGGAGAGAGCAAGGAAGAGGAGAGAGAAGGACACAAUAAGGAGAGAGGGGAAGGAGAAGAGAAAGCAGAAGUAAAGAGUAAAACAGAGGAGCAAAGAGAGGAGGAAUUGGAGGUGCAGGAGAGGGUGGGAGGCAGGGAUGGUGAUGAUGAAGAGCCGAUGAUGUCGAGCAGAGAUCUGUUUCUGCGCUCCCCUUCUGUCAGCUCCACAGCCAGCUCCACAGACCCUGACACAAAGAUUGCUGUAGACCCCCGUGUCCCAGAGGAGACCCACAGUGAAAAUGUCUCCACUGAGCAUGUGGACUUUCUGUUGGCCCGCCAGCAGUGGAGGAAGAUGGAGGAGGAGGUCAAAGGUCAGCCAAUCCCCAAACCAGGGCUCAGAGCUCAGGGGAGCUUCCAAGGCACCCACACUUCACUGUAUCCCCCAACGCGCAGCCCCCGACUCAAACACAGGGAGACCCCCCCACCCGUGCCUAGGCAGCCCACCCUGUCCCCCAGUUCAGAGGACUCCGGCCUGGAGGACUUGUCCUACCGCAGCCCGCUGGAGGAACCAGAGAGUGCAGUGGAGAGAGAGAUCCGGCUGACUCUGGAGAGAGAGGAACGGCACCGCCGAGAGAGGGGGGGCAUUACCCAGAGCCUCACUAUACCCCGAGCCUCCACCCUGACAGGACGAUCUCCACCCAGACCUCCAGCCUGCCGCACCCCUACCUUGUCCAUCUCCCCAUCCCCAUCCCCUGUCUGCUCCUCUUCUUUUCCCCGAUCUGUCUACCAUGAAAUGACGGCCAAUAAUGUCAUUAUCUUGGAGCCUGACUGCUCCAGCUCCGCCUCCAGGAACCGCUUACUCUCCUCCGCAAUCGGGGGCCUCUCCGAUUGGCCGAUCAGCCAGGACUCUGUGCCUUCCGCCAAUGUCAUCGUCGUGGAAACCUCCAAUCUCAUAAUUCGCAGUGCUUCCGAAUUCUGUCUAAGCUCCUCCCCAAUGUCCACGGAAACGCAGGAGAGCACCUUCUCGUCCAAUCCGUUCUUUAAGCUACGCUCCCUCAGCAGCCAAUCGCUGGUGGAACAAGAAAUCCGUAUGGUGAGGCAGAGGGAGGAGGAGUGGAGGAGGCAACGGGAGGAUAUGUGGAGGAGGAGCAGGGAGGAGGAGUGGAGUAGAGGGAGAGAGAGGUACGACACUGUGCUGGUGUCUCCAGGCCUGAGCGAUAACAUCAGUUACAACGUGCCAGAGGUUCUAGACAGAUGUGUGUCCUCUCCUUCCUCCCCCUCCAGGACCCGCAAAAUGGAACGAUCCAGCAUGUCUUGUGACCACAAGCCAUCCCAUAAUCCAUCCACCCAUCUUGGCUCCAGUGGUUCAGCUGAAUCUCCCCCUCCCUCCAGUUCCCCUCAUCCCUCUCUUCGAUGCCAAGACGACAGAACGCCAUGGCUCAGCGAUGGGAGGCCUCCCUAUUAGCCAAUCAGAAGAAGGAGUGAGCAACAACAACUGUCAACCAUUUAAAAGCCAUCACUUCCUACUUCUGUCCAGAAAAGUCACACAGUACUGCAAUGUUUGUCAAAACUAUGGGUUUGAACCAGUGGGUCACACAUGUGUUGUCUAUGGGAUGCCUGUCAGUAAGGUUUGGGUUUCCAUAAAGCUUUAAUGUCUGAAGUCCUGCUUCCCUUUAAGUUAAACUGGUCUGUUGCAUGAUCUGUGAAACAUUGGCUGCCACCGUUAAAAUAAUAACGAUAUAAAACUGCAAUCAUACCACUGGUUUUGACAUGUGACGCAGACUUUAUGUGAACUUCAGAAGCAAAUGUCACAAUUGACGGUCCUGUAACAUUCAAUAUUAACAGCAUUUUGAUUUGAUUUCUAAUUAUGACAAUGAAUAUGGUACUAGUGCAACGGUUGAUAUUUAUUUAUUUCUAUGACUGACUAAUGCAGUGAUUUUCUAAACUUUUUCUGGUCAGUCGCAUUUUAAUUUGAGAUAUUGGUUUAGUCUCUAUAUUUUGACAUGACUAACAGUAUACAGCGUUUAGUUUAAGAUAUUGUAGCUUUGUGUUCUUUUCCAAUGACAAUUCAUGUAUUUUAAAGGUGCCAACCCAGACUUUAAGAAGCACUGCCUUAAGCCUGCAGUCAUUCAUUCUGCCAGCCCUUCUUUCUACAAGAGGUUUGACAUUCAUAAGGGCCAGAAUGUUUCAUUUUAUUUUAGUAUGAUCUGUUUCAGAAAAAAAAGUUAAGAAGCAUUUACUAAUUUUCAAUAAUAAUAACAACAAUCCACAAUUAAAAGCCGUCGCUCUAUUCAUUUAUGGAGCCAUG